AUGUUUUAUUUUUGGUUAAUGUAUGAUGAAUACAUUUCCGAGCAGCCCUUUUGCCAGCCGACGCCUACUUCCACUUUUUCGUCAGGCACUCACCACCCGAGGCUUUCCAACCACUUCGCCUUCUUCUUCUUGCACAAUUUGACCGGCAAGGUCACUUUGAGCUGCUGGAAGGAUGACGGACCACUAUCUAAAAAUGAUACUUUUCUUUCUUUUUGUCCUUUUCUUUCCAUCCUUCCUCAUCUUCUUUGUCUCUCUCUCUUUUUUUCUUUCGGUUUGCCUUUCUUUCUUUCUUUCUUUCUUUCUUUCUUUCUUUCGGUUUGCAUUUCUUUCUUUCUUUCUUUCUUUCUUUCUUUCGGUUUGCAUUUCUUUUUCUUUCUUUCUUUCUUGGAGUUUGCCUUUUUUUUCUUUCUUUUUUUUCUUUCGGUUUGCAUUUCUUUCUUUCUUUCUUUCUUUCAGUUUGCAUUUUUUUUUUCUUUCUUUCUUUGGUUUGCCUUUUCUUUUCUUUCUUUCUUUCGGUUUGCCUUUCUUUCUUUCUUUCUUUCGGUUUGCAUUUCUUUCUUUCUUUCUUUCUUUCUUUCUUUCGGUUUGCCUUUCUUUCUUUCUUUCUUUCGGUUUGCCUUUCUUUCUUUCUUUCUUUCGGUUUGCCUUUCUUUCUUUCUUUCUUUCGGUUUGCCUUUCUUUCUUUCGGUUUGCCUUUCUUUCUUUCAAAAGGUUUGCCUUUCUUUCUUUUUUUUGCCUUUAUUUUCUUUCGGUUUGCCUUUCUUUCUUUCUUUCUUUUUGCCUUUCUUUCUUUCUUUCUUUCGGUUUGCCUUUCUUUCCAUCCUUCCUCCUCUUCUUUCUCUCUCUCUUUUUCGGUCUUUCUUUCUUUCUUUCUUUCUUUCUAUUUGCCUUUUUUUCUUUCCAUCCUUCCUCCUCUUUCUCUCUCUCUCUUUCUGUUUCCCUUUCUUUCUUUCCUUUGCCUCCUUUCUUUCGGUUUUGUCCUUUUCUUUUAUCUUUCUUAAUGUUUUGGAGAUUUAA